AUUGAUAAGAUAAUCUCAAUUAUUGAGUAAAUCAAUUGUUGAACUAAUUUUUUACCUGUGCGUAAAAUAUUUAGUCGACGUUUAGCGCUUGAUAAAAAUGAUCGUGAAAUGUGUACAGAAUGGCCUGGUCGCUACAAUAUUGGUUCUUUUACAUGUUUGUGAGGCGUUUCAAGAACAAGUAUUCGAUAAAAACUAUUUAAACAACUUCAUGGGAGAAAAACCAUCGUUUACAAAGAGACUUUAUACUGCAAAUAUCGACGGAAUAUCAUUUGAAUUGCACAAUCCAAUUAUAUUAAACAACUGCGGUACUAUUGAUCCUACCUUCGAAUUGGACAGCAGUCAAUCCGACUACCUACCAGUGAGCAAUGAACUUACUUCUAUUGCUACGGCGAACAACUGCACCUUAAUGUUUCCGAAAAUAUUCAUUAGAAGAAAACAAACUGACAAAGGACCUGAAGGACCUUUUGCUGGUUUCAUAACAGUAAGAGCCCUCGACGGCAACCGUAUCUUGGACGUUACAGCGGUUGUUUUAUUACCGAUACCUAAUACUAAUAAUAUGAAAGUAAUAUUCAACAUCGAUGGCAAAGAAUACAUCGUUUUAAAUUAUUUUUAUUUGAAAUUAAUUUUUGUAGCGAUGCUUAUUAUCACCAUGUUACUGGUUGUUGUCGAAGUAAAAGAUAUAUUAGAUAAAAUUAGGGAGAAUAAAUAUAAAAAAUUGCAAGAGCAAUUAGAUCAUUAACGUUAGAAGAUGGUUUAUAUUUUAAAUGAAUGUGUGUAUCUAAAGGCUGUAUGUCACCAUAAUAAAUUAUAUUAAGUUAUUAAUUUAGAACUAAAUGUAGAACUAAUAGUUAUUUAUGCAACAAGUGCAAAAAGUAAGUGUUUAUUGCACGCGACGUGAAAUUAUCACACGUCGAGUGCAAUAAACACUUUUUGCACGAGUUGCAUACAAUAUUUUUUCUACGUUCAUGCAAAAACUAAAAAUUUUUUUAUAGAACUGCAGUUGUAUUAUCCAAAUCAUAGUAGCCGUGAUCGUGUACCUUGGUUUGAGGCAUUUAUUUAUGUUUGUGUUCAUAAUUUGUAAUGACAUUUUUAAUAAAAUACAUUUUUUUAUUAAUUUAUUUAUUAAAUGAUUGAAAAUAAUAUAAAAUAUGAAAUUGUUUUUAAAACGUAACACAGAAAAUGAA